UCUUUUCCAAGGGCACUCUCUUCAGAUGUCUCUUGGCAAGUUUGAAUGCAGUAUAUGCCUGAAGGACCGAUCUGGAAUUCACUAUGGAUGCUCAGAUCAGGCGUGCGAAGUGAAGCUUGACGUGCAAUGCGCACUGGAUGUUGACCGCUCCUUGAUAACAUUCGAUGGGCACAAUCACCCUCUCAUCUUCCUUGAGAAUUUCGAGGACUAUGCCAAGUGCAGCGCUUGCAAUAAGUACAAUAAGUCGCACUCGAUCUUCCAUUGCCCUGCCUGCAACUUCAAGCUCCAUUUACUCUGUGGUCCGCUCCCGUGUUACCUCAAGCAAGAAAAACAUCUAGAGAUGCUCGUGCUAAAGGAUACACAUAUAGGUGAUUGGGUCGUCGAUGAGUUUUACUGCGAUAGCUGCGAAGAACUGAGGGACCCACGAGAGUGUGUCUAUUACUGCGAACGUUGCAACUACUCUGCUGAAGUCAAAUGCAUUAUGCCCGAGCUCGUGCUUGCAUUGAUGGGGAAGUCUGGAGAUGUGGAGCUGAGGACAUUAGGCCGAUGGCCCCUUUCCGGUAAAGUCGCGAGCAGAGGCUUGUCGGCUGAAGAAAUACAUAAGUGUGACGCAGGAGAAGUGCCUAAAAAGACUGCAGUUACGUUGGGCUGCAUCUUGGAAUCUUUUACCGAAGGUGAGAAAAACGAGUUGGAUGUUAUUUUCGACUGCAAAGAAAAGUUGUUCGAAGAUUUGGGCGGAGGUGGAGAUACAAUCCUGGAUGCUUCUUUGGGUUCCAAUGAGGACUUCAUGCAACUCGUAGCGAGGCUGGAUUCCACUGGGCUAGCUCUUCUGAAAAAGAAGUGGGAUGCUGACAUUCCCUUCAUAAAAGUUGGAAAAGGAGACAAUCUGCUUCCAGAGAAGUUGGUCCGCGUGUACAAUGACUUGUAUCACGCGUAUGGAGAUCCCGGGGCUGAAUCAGGACUAAGUCCCCAGCUGAAGUCGAUCUUCUUUCUUCACUUGUGUCAGACAGUUGAGAGUAUGUGGGCAACUACGGUAUUAGACAUAACGGAAGAAGGGCUCGUCGACUGGUGGAUCUCUGUGAAGGCUGUGCGCAGGGCAGGCUUCAAGACCUGCUUUGUGGCCGAUGCUCUGAAGGUAGCAAUGCACGCUUAUUUUGGGAUUCGAGCUAAAACAUUUGAAGACAAUCUCACCCAUGAGAUCGAGCUACUGGAAGAGAAGAUCCGGGAGAAGAAAGCAUCGCAGGGAGGAAUUGAAUAUCUCGAGUCUAGAAGAUCUAGCACCGUCAGGGAAUGUAUGAGUGAAGCCCCGCCGUUGAUGUACAAGACAGCAAGUGAGGUUGUUCUUGGUCUCGGAUAAAUGCCGUAACUGGUUUUACAUGUAAUCCAGUUACCAUCCCUUUUGCGAUGUCCUUCAUGUUGAUAACAGAACAUCAAAACCGAAAUUAUUGUCUUCGUCCCAAUACCAAUCAGCUCCAUACCCUACAUUAUCUGUGAUCCCAUGACGAUCCUCGGGCCCUCUGUGAUUGACUUCUCAGGUCACGACCACCGGCUCUACCUGUG